AUGGCGAUGACAGUGCUUUUCGUUGCGGCGUAUGAGCUUGCAGAUAGCACUUGUAUUCAGCAUCAUGGUGAUUAUCCGAACGGGAACACGAGGUUGCUGUGGUUGUAUGGCAAGAUAUUCGUGAGGAGUUUGGUGAUGGAAGUCACACAGACAUGGAGGAAACAACUGGCGUUAAGUGGAAUAACUGGCCAAGGAGAUGCGAAGGGUAAGCUGGCAUCCCUCAUGUACGCGAAAGCGUGGUCUUAG